UUGAUUAUUAAGACAGCAAACUCGAGGAAAACUAAACAAGGGAAGAUUAUAGGAAGAAAAAGAAUGGAGGAAUUGAGGGUGCAACGUGUAGCUUCUGAGUCGAAGGAUAGCAUUCCUACUGAGUUUGUUAGAUUAGAGACAGAGCAACCAGGCAAGACAACUGUUCAUGGAACCCAAUUGGAGGUUCCUAUAAUUGAUUUUAGUGAGCCUGAUGAAGAUAAGGUGUUGCAUGAGAUUAUGGAGGCAAGUCGUGACUGGGGCAUGUUCCAAAUUGUGAACCAUGAGAUACCAAGCCAAGUUAUAGAAAAACUUCAAGCCGUGGGAAAACAGUUCUUUGAGUUGCCACAAGAAGAAAAGGAACAAUACGCUAAGCCUGAGAACUCUCCAUCUAUUGAAGGUUAUGGCACAAAGCUUCAAAAGGACGUGAAUAACAAGAAAGGUUGGGUAGAUCAUUUAUUCCACAAGAUAUCGCCACCUUCAGACAUUAAUUAUCGCUUCUGGCCUAAGAACCCUCCUACAUACAGAGAGGCAAAUGAGGAAUAUGAUAAGUACCUACAUGGGGUUAUCGACAAGUUGUUCAAAAGCAUGUCAAUAGGGUUGGGACUUGAAGGACAUGAACUAAAGGAGUUUGUUGGAGGUGACAGCAUUGUUCAUCUUUUGAAGAUCAAUUACUACCCACCUUGCCCAUGCCCUGAUCUCGUCCUCGGUGUGCCACCUCAUACCGACAUGAGUUGUAUUACCCUUCUUGUGCCCAACUAUGUUCAGGGCCUUCAAGCAUCCAGAGAUGGUCACUGGUACGAUGUUAAGUAUAUCCCCAAUGCUUUGGUCAUUCACAUUGGGGAUCAAAUGGAGAUAAUGAGCAAUGGAAAAUACAAGGCAGUGUUUCACAGGACCACAGUGAGCAAAGACGAAACAAGAAUUUCGUGGCCAGUGUUCGUAGAGCCCCCACCGGAGCAUGUCGUCGGCCCUCACCCAAAGCUGAUUAACAAAGACAACCCACCAAAAUAUAAGAGCAAGAAAUACAAGGAUUAUGCUUAUUGUAAGCUCAAUAAGAUCCCUCAGUAAAUUAAAUUAAUCAACCAUCACUACAGAGUGCCAUGCUGCACGUAUAAAUAAAUGUUACCUACUUUCUUACUUUAA